UAUAGCUUCUCGCUGUGUUGUGCUAAAUUUCAUAGUUUUUAGAGAUGGAGCUUGAUCUGUCACCAAAGCUGGCAAAGAAAGUGUACGGAGGACAGGGCGGAACGUAUUGUGCAUGGUGCCCAAAUGAACUCCCGAUGCUACGUGAAGGCAAUAUCGGCGCUGCAAAGCUUGCUUUGGAGAAGAAUGGCUUGGCUAUGCCUUGUUACUCUGAUUCCGCCAAGGUUGCUUUUGUUCUUCAAGGUAGCGGGGUGGCUGGAAUUGUGCGUCCAGAAAAGGAAGAAAAGGUGCUUGCAAUCAAAAAGGGUGAUGCCAUUGCACUUCCCUUUGGUGUUGUCACCUGGUGGUACAACAAACUGAACACUGAACUUGUGAUCCUCUUCCUUGGAGAUACCAAAACAGCCCACAAGCCUGGUUCUUUCACCGAUUUCUUUUUGACGGGAUCGAAUGGCAUCUUCACCGGAUUCUCAACCGAAUUUGUCAGCAGGGCUUGGGACUUGGAAGAGAGUGUCGCGAAUGCCCUUGUUGGGCAGCAAUCCGGUAAGGGCAUCAUCAAACUUGAUGCUGGUUUUCAAAUGCCUGAGCCUAAGGCUGAGCACCGCAAUGGCUUGGCCUUAAAUUGCGAGGAAGCACCAUUGGAUGUCGACAUUAAGAAUGGCGGAAAGGUCGUCGUUCUGAACACGAAGAAUUUGCCGUUAGUCGGGGAAGUUGGACUUGGGGCUGAUCUUGUAAUGUUGAAUGGAAGUGCAAUGUGUUCUCCUGGUUUCUCUUGUGACUCUGCUUUGCAAGUCACCUAUAUUGUCAGGGGAAGUGGCCGUGCUCAGGUUGUCGGGGUUGACGGUAAGCGUGUCCUGGAAACAACUGUUAAGGCUGGUAAUCUUUUCAUUGUUCCAAGGUUCUUUGUAGUUUCAAAGAUUGCUGAUCCUGAUGGUUUGGAAUGGUUCUCUAUCAUCACAACUCCUAAUCCGAUUUUCACACAUUUAGCUGGAAGGACUUCAGUUUGGAAAGCCUUGUCCCCUCAGGUGCUCCAGGCAUCAUUCAAUGUUGCUCCUGAUGUAGAGCAGAAAUUUAGCUCGAAGAGAAAGGCCGAGGAAAUUUUCUUCCCACCACCAAAUUGAUCGAGCAAUUCGAUGUGAAUUUCUUUCUUUAGUUUUAUUUGUAGUUACUAUGAUAAUAGGAAUAAGAAUCAACAUUUUACUUUUAUGUUCUGAAGGUUUUCAAUUUAAGGUGAUGUUUCAUCUGGAUACUCUUCUA